GCGCCGUAUCCGACGAACGCGCCGUGGCAGAACAUGGUGCUGGGGCAGGGCGGCAACCCCGAGCUCGUGACGCCGUACCUCGUGCAGAGCGCAGAGGGGCGCAUCGCGUGGGGGCUGCUGGUGCGCGACCCGCAACCCGGAUACAUCGUGCAGGCGUUCGUCACCGCGCUCAUGCUCUCCAUGCUGCAGGGCCUUCCCCCCCACCAGCUCUCCGCCUACGACGACCUCUUCGCCACCCUCUCCUUCCGCCAACCCUCCUCCGCGCCCGCCGAUCCCUCCAUCCUCGAGGUCCCCCUAAUGCGCGGGUCCCCCUUCCUCACGUUCAUAUUCCCCCCGGGCAGCCCCCCCGCGACGCCCGUGCUGACGACAAUCUAUGCCAUCACGGGAGUGGAGAGCAGCAGCGACAGCAGCAAGUACCGUGUUGCGCUCAACAACGGCCAGACAUGGCUGGUGUACCUGUCGGCGCCGCUAACCCUGAGGCAGGAUGGGUCGACGCUAGCAGCGGACGUGCCGUUCACGGGGACGAUGUGCGUGGCGCUGCUGCUGGGCUCCUCCGCGCAGGACGAGGAGGCGCUACUGGACGCGCACGUGCCCACCGUGCUGGUGGGGGGGAGUACGCACGUGGGCGCGUUCCGCAUCAAAUACACCUGGCGCACCCAGCAGUGGCGCGAGCCGGCCAAUGGCGACACCGAGGCGCCACUGCUCAUGCUUUCACUGCCAAUGCACCGGCGCCUGGAGGUGAGCGUGCACAGCCCCUCCUCUGCCUCCGCCCUCCGCCCUCACCGCAGCGGCUCCCCUUCCGGCGCCAUGGGCGCCCUGCGCGGCCACCACAACUCCGCGUCUGCCAGACCCUCUAUCACACGCGGCAAUGCACCGUGGGCGUCCGUGGGAGAUGAGUCGGUGCCCGAUGCGUCAAUGCUGGCCUACCCCACCAUCGACGGCCAGGCGGUGGGCAUGCAGGGGGCGCUGUGGCGCCUCAAGGUUCCCAAGCGGCCGUCCACGACGUGGCUGCCGCCCCUCUCCUCCCCCUCCACCUACUCCUUCGGCAAGACAGCAGCGCGUGCCGCCCGCCUGGCGCUGAUCGCAAAGCAGGUGCGGGAUGAGGACAGCCUGGCCGCCGUGCUGCCGGCCCUGCGGACGGCGCUCUCCGCAUGGCUGGACGGCACCUUCUCCGGUAACCGCCUGCUGUACGACCCCACGUGGGGUGGCGUGGUGAGUGAGGCGGGGUCGCGUGACCAGGGGGCGGAGUUUGGAGCGGGCAUGUACAACGACCACCACUUCCACUACGGCUACUUCAUCUAUGCCGCUGCCACCGUCGCCAAGUUUGACCCCGCGCUGCGGCACUUUGACGCGUACGCGCUGCACUCGUGGGCCAGCGGGCUGUUUGAAUUCGGCGACGAGCGCAACCAGGAGAGCUUCAGCGGGGCGGACAACGCAUACUACGCGGCGGCGCUGCUGGCGUCCGUGCUGGGCGACCAGCCGCUUGCCACGCUGGGCGCCAUGCUGGCCGCCGUGGAGGCCUUCGCCGGCCAGACCCUCAUGCACGUGCCGCUCGCCUCGUCUACUCCGGAUUCGUCCCUCUCACCCGGCUACGAGGCGGUGUUUGCGGACGGCAACCGCGUGGUGGGUGUGCUGUGGUCCACCAAGCGUGACGCCGCGCUGUGGUUCGCCCCGCCUGCGGACAUGGAGAAGCGCGUGGGCAUCCAGGUGCUGCCCGUCUCGCCCUUCCUCACCCACCUCUUCCCGGACCACGAGUUUGCCAAGCAGCUCGUGGAGUGGGCGCAACCCGUGCUGACUGGCACCGCCACGGACGAGUGGCGCGGCUUUGCGUGGGCGCUGCAGGCGCUGCUGCACCUCUCCAUUCCCUCCACAUCACGUGCACCACAACUGCCUACUAAUACCCAACACCUCCUCCAUGCCCCUUGCGCUGCUCUCUUCCCCCCUCUCUCCAACCUCCAUUCCCUCUUUCCCCCACCUCUCCUCCUCGUUGGCUGA